GCCCAGGACGACUCUGCGGGUGGCUGCACUCAAGUAAUAUUGGGAGUUUUGAAGGAAAUCCGAAGUCAUUAAAAGGGAGUGUCAGAGGUGUGACAAAGUGAUAUAACUACACUUACCGCUGAACAACCAUGAUUUAAUUAUUAGACUGACAUCCAUUCGGGCUGCUGGGAGAUGGCCAGCGCCACAGAGGACCCUCAGCUGGGCUCGGGCCCAGAUGACAACGACGACACAUCUUCAUCAGAAAGGGACGCUGACUCUGACAGCAUCCUCUCAGACGACUCCGUGCUUCCAGACUACAAGCAGGAGGCGUCAAAUGGGCUGGCGGCAUCAACACUGUAUGAGGCAUGCGCCCGAAAUGAACCCGUCUCUCUGCGAAGAGUUCUGGAGGGAGGGGUGACAAAAGAGGAAGUUAUGAAGCUGGACCUCAACGGCUGGAAUGGCUUGAUGGUGGCCUGCUGCAAAGGCUUCUUGGAGAUUGUGUAUGGGCUUCACAACUGUCCCUUCAUAGACAUAAAUCACCAGGACAACGAGGGCAAUACUGCACUGAUGAUAGCAUCUCAAGCUGGUCAUAUCAGCACAGUUAUGUAUCUUCUAAACUACUACCCUGGUGUAGACACUGAAGUAAAGGACUGUCGGGGGUUCACGGCCCUCAUCAAAGCUGCCAUGACAGGCCGCAAUGAGGUUGUGGCAGCUCUCGUUAUGGCUGGGGCUGACAUACAUGCAGUUGACUCUACACGGGGAAAAUGUGCUCGAGACUGGGCUCAGAAGACAGGCCGCUAUGACACGUUGUGUCGUCUCCGUCGUCUUGCAAUACGACCGAAGGCCGAGCAGUUCUGUGAGAGCUACGUCCCCGAAUGGCCUGAGCUCAAGGAGAGAGUCUCCAAAGCCACUGCUCAGAGAAGUCCAACAGAAAAAAUCACUCUGCGCAUCAAAAACACCUUUGGAUUCAGAUUUCCACGUGAUCCCCAGGACAACGGGGUCAUGGACCACAUGGUACGUAUGACCACCAGUCUCCACAGUCCACUCAUUUUAACUGGAUGUCACCCACUCUGCCCCACGAGCCCCCCAGAGAUGGGGAAGAGGCGGCUGGCUGUACCAGAGCUGGUGGAGAAACACCCGCUGAAGGAGCUCGAAGAAAGCUCAGUGUGCCACAGCAAUGGCUCGGUGUCCCACAUUGUUCCCGCGAUCCACUCUGCAGAGACAAUUGCUGCAACGUGCUGUCCAGACACUGAGCGACGAGGCAGCAUCCUCUCGAUAGCUUCCACCAAAGUCGCAUCAACACUGGUUUCCCGCGGUAUGGCGAGAAGGAACAGCGUGUUUCCCUCUGGAUGUAUUCCCAAGAUCAAUGUCGACAGGCCUUCAGAAGCAACACCAAAGAAAGAAAAGAAGAAGAAGAAGAAGAAGGACAAAAGCUUCCUGGAACCACCCAAGUGGAAAUACAAGGAGAUCAAGGAUGAGAAGAAGAGGAAGAAAAAAUCUGAGAAAGAGAACGAAGCAAAAGAGAAAAAGAAAGAAAAAGUGAACAAGAAGGACAAAAAAUAACACUCAAAAGUUGGCAGCUUUGAGAUUUGAUUCUUCCUUUUAGAGCAAUGAAUAAUCGUGUAUCCUGAAAAUAUUCAUCAUAUAUUGAAACUAUGACCUGAAAUCCUGAUAGCAGACUUUAAAAUCCUCAGGAGUUUGAAGCUUUGGUGGUCUGAUAAAAAAUCUGUAAAAAUAUUAGACAGAGUCACACACAGAAACAUAUUCAAGUUUGAAUAGCAAAAUAAUAACUUCCCAAGUUUAAUAAUUGAAUCUCAAAUACAUGUAUAGUGAGAGAAGAGACCUGUAAUCUGAUCAUGCAAUGAUUGACAGCACUCGACAUCUGGCCCAUCAGAGGGCUGUGCCUGCAGGCAGGCCCUUGCAGAGCUGCAGAAGGAGAGGAGAUGUCGACAUGUCGUCCAAAAGACAUCACGAGUCAAGCCUGAUUUAUGGUUCCGCGUUAAAUCGACGCAGGGCCU